CGCUGCUUCCCACCUAGCCAUCUCUAGCCAUUCGUUUAUUCGUUUCCCUUGUUACUUCUUCUCUUGCCAUGGAUUAUGACAGAAAAUCGACUGUCUCUUCUUUCUAUGGAGGACGUAGAGGCUCUUUCGAUGCCCUGAAUCAUGCAGAAACUCCCAAUUAUACACCCUCUAGUCGUCCACGAGAUGAUGCUUCUUCGUUCUAUGCUGAUCGACAAACGCGGGCGAGCCAUGAUGCGUUAACUGGAGGACAAUCUGCAGGGUACAACGCCUCAUCCUUUUUCGCUGCAGGACGCCUAGAACCGCUGAAAGGCGGACGUGAUGAAGAAGAAGAGGUACCAGAGGCUCAGACCUGGGACGUUUAUGCAGAUUUUAACAACGCCGGCCCAAGAUAUAGCACUGCGUUCGGGAUUGGGCAACAUCAGGAAGCAGGUUAUCAUCAGCUCCCCCCACCUCCCCCUCCGCCUGGUGCCAAGACAGAUGGUGACGCCGACAGUGCUCUCACACCAGUAGAACUUGUCACUGUACCUGCACUCGGUCCAGAAUGGCAAUUAUCUGAGAUGAAAAACAUGACUAAAUCGGGUCGACGAGAGAUGAAGAGUGACAAGCGGCGAGAGAAGUGGAAAGCCUGGCAUCGCGGGGAGACGGGUUUGUGUGGAAAGUGGUUCACCAAAAAGUUCCUCAUCUUCUUCAUAUUUGGAGUGUGCGCCGUCAUCGGCACUAUCCUCGCACUCACUAUUCCUCGAGUACCCGGUCUAUCGUUCAAUAGCUCUACACCUCUGGUUGCCGCCACUGGUAACUACAAUGCCUCGAUUCCAACUGAAUUCUCCCGGUACCCAGCCAAUUUCUCCUUCCCUGCACUCGCAGAUAUCCAAGUUGAUACCACCGGCAACUUUAUUCCCCUUACCUUCAACCACAUCACUGCGCAGGUGUGGGACCCGACCACAAACCUGCAAGUUGGCACGGGGUAUUUCGGGGGGGAUACCCUCCCCGCAAAGUCAUAUCCGAAGAUCCAGGUCCCGCUCAACUUCUCGUAUGUUGCAUCAAAUGACACGGAUCCGACGUGGAAUUCGUGGUAUAACGCAUGCAAGAAUUCUGGGCUUUAUACUGGUGGGCAAAGACCAGGUGUGAGCUUCAACCUCAUCCUUUCGAUGGAUAUUGCUGGACUGCCGGGAACCCAUGCCGCAUCCACACAGGUAAAUGCCGCCCCCUGCCCUAUUGAGCUGCCCAUCAACUCAGUAUGAUGGACGAUUACUGGACUCAUCCGCGGAUCGCCUCUUAUUAUGUUUUCACUGUGUUCUGGGACGUUGCACUAUCUCCGCCAUUACAUACUCUUGGAUAUCGAACAAUAUGACCCUCCGUCAUUAUUUCACGACCUAUACAUUCGCCUUGCUCCAGUCCGUCCUUAUUUCGUCCUUUCAUUUGAGCGUUUGCGGCGUUACACAUCAUGAUGUGCAGACAGAUUAUUGGAUUAUAAUAAAUGCUGGUUUCGUCAUUGGGUUUUGAAGUCGGCUGAUUCCCGCUUUGAUUUCUGUGAUGGGCUCAAAUCAGAUGCUGUAAUUCGAACUCACG